GAAAACCAAGUGAGGAGAUGAAGGAUUGUGCCGCACUACACCAGAGAAUACAGAGAGGACAGACACAGAUAGAUCCUGACCAUCACCCAAGGAACAACUGCACAAUUGUGGGAAGACAUUCUAUUCCUUCACAGCAUUGCUCAACACAGAGAAGGUUGGGCAGUGAAACCAUCAUCUGGAAAUUGGUCAGGUCAGGGGAGCUUUGACAUAUCAUCAGUUCUAAAACUGGUCAGUGGUGUGCUGCCUUCCAUCAGAACCAACCUAUCUGAAGUUUGACCGCAGGUGAUGGGUCAGGUUGAGAUUGGGAAGAAGCGUGGUGAUAGUUUCAGUCCUUCACUGAGCUUCAUGAAUCACUGACUCAUUCCUAUAGGGGCGAGGCAGUUCAAGAGGAGUACUCACAACUUGUGAAGCCUUGUGACACAUCAGAGAAAGGAAUCCAGUGUGAGAUGUCCAAAGUUAAUGAUUCGCUGAUGCAUUCACACUGUGGAGAAGCCAUUUGCAUGUGAUGUUUUUGACAAAAUAUUCUCAUAGACAUCAACACCUCCGUGCAAAUCAAUGCAUUUACAUGAUGGAGAAGCCAUUCAGAUGUGAGGUCUGUGACAAGUCAUUCUCUCAGUCGUCACACUUCCUUGUGCACCAACGUAGCCACACAGGGGAGAAACCAUUUAUGUGCAAGGUGUGUGAGAAAUCAUUCUCACAGUCAUCAAGCCUCCAUGUGCACCAACGCAUUCACACAGGGGACAAAACAUUCUUGUGCAAGCUGUGUGACAAAUCAUUCUUGCAAUCAUCACAUCUCCUCAUACAUCAACAUAUUCAUACAGGAGAGAAACCAUUUAUGUGUGAGUUGUGUGGCAAAUCAUUCUCACAGUCAUCAAGCCUUCGCAUACACCAACGUAUUCACACUGGGGAGAAACCAUUCACAUGUGAGGUGUGUGACAAAUCAUUCUCACAGUCAUCACACUUCCACAUACAUCAACGUAUUCACACAGGGGAGAAGCCAUUCACGUGUACAAUGUGCAACAAAUCAUUCUCCAACUCAUCAAAACUCCUGCUCCAUCAGAGGAUUCACACGGGCGAGAAACCAUUCAGAUGCGAGAUGUGCGACCAGUCAUUUUCGUCAUCAUCAGCACUCCGGGUACACCAACGGGUUCACACAGGGGAGAAACCGUUCACUUGUGAGUCGUGUGACAAAUCAUUCUCACAGUUAUCCACCCUCCGCAAGCACCAACGCAUUCAUAAGGGGGGCAAAGCAUUCACAUGCAGUGUGUGCAACAAAUCAUUCUUGAGAUCAUCAAACCUUCUACUCCAUCAGAGGACUCACACAGAGAAGAAACCGUUCACGUGUGAGGUAUGUGACAAAUCAUUCUCUGAGUCAUCAAACCUCUUGCGGCAUCAGAGGAUUCACACAGGGGAGAAACCAUUCAGAUGUGAAGUUUGUGCCAAAUCAUUCUCUCAGUUGUCAAUCCUCCAUAUACAUCAACGUAUCCACACAGGGGAGAAACCAUUCACGUGUGAGGUGUGCGGUAAAGCAUUUGCGAUAUCGACAACCCUCUUGAGACACCAGAUGAUUCACACAGGGGAGAAACCAUUCAAAUGUGAGGUUUGUGAGAAGGCUUUCACUCACUCCUCCCAUCUCGUGAGGCACCAGAGAAUUCACACAGGGCAGAAGCCAUUCACAUGUGAUGUGUGUGAGAAAUCAUUCUCAAUCUUAUCCAACCUCCGAGUACACCAACGCAUUCACACCGGGGAGAAACCGUUUGCAUGUGAAAUGUGUAACAAAUCAUUCUCAUACUUAUCGAGCCUUAUAAGGCAUAAACGCAUUCACACAGGGGAGAAACCAUUCCCCUGUCAGGAGUGUGACAAAUCAUUCUCAUACUUAUCGCACCUCCGGAGACACCAAUGCAUUCACACGGGAGACAAAUCAUUCACAUGCGAGAUGUGUAACAAGUCAUUCUCACAGUCCGACAGCCUUCUCAAACACCAACGCACUCACACAGGGGAGAGACCAUUCUCCUGUGAUGUGUGUGAGAAAUCAUUCUCACAGCCAGCACACCUCCGUGGACACCAACGUAUUCACACAGGGCAAAAACCAUUCAUGUGUGAGGUGUGUGAAAAGUCAUUUUCGGAUGCAUCAACCCUUCGCCGACACCAGCGCAUUCACACAGGGGAGAAACCGUUUACGUGCAACGUGUGUGACAAAUCAUUCUUGACAUCAUCAAAUCUCCGCGUUCACCAACGCUUUCACACAAGGGAGAAACCGUUCAGGUGUGAGGUGUGCAAUAAAUCAUUCUCAUGGUCAUCAAACCUCUUGGUCCAUCAGAGGAUUCACACAGGCGAGAAACCGUUCAAAUGUGAGCUAUGCAACAAAUCAUUCUUGUCAUCACCAGAUCUUCAUAUGCACCAACGUAUUCAUACAGGAGAGAAACCAUUUAACUGUGAGGUGUGUGACAAAUCGUUCUCGAGAUCAUCAAGCCUCCUGCUCCAUCAGAAAAUCCACAAACAGGAGUGACCUUACAUGUUAGCGUUGCAAAAUAGAUUUGGUACAUCCUCAAAUCUCCUGGGACCCCACUUGAUUCACAGGCGAACUGAGGAAUAAUUUCUUUCCCCAGAACGUGCAACAGUGAAAUUACCUUGAAGGAAUAACCACUCCACAUUUAAAUUGGGAUUGUAACAGGUUGUUUAGUAAGACUACAUUUGAGGUAAAAUAAGCUAUCACUUAAAGAACCUUGAAGAAGACCACAAGACCAUUUGUUCUGGAUAGCUUUCAGAAAUUGAACAAACUCAUGUCUUGGGAGUUUGAGAGCCUGACUGGACACAAUGAGUGAUUUUUCAGUCGAUCAGUCAAGAGACCAUGAAUGAAACCUCAGACCACACAAUAAGUGUUGAACAAUUUGACUUGAUCUCUGAACUCCUCUGACCUCCCGAUAGAACUGUAACGAACAAUAAGGUAGCAAGCUGUAUGAAAGCCACCACAUUUGUAUGUGCUUCAAAUUCCUUGGAAAUGAGCAUUCCAGAGAACUUUCUGAUAAAAUCGAAACUGAUCUGAUCUAAUAACCAAGAUCUACCCCAUUGGAACCAGCUUCCUAUUUUAAUGCACUGAUCAUGAACCAAGAUAUGAGAUUAUUACAGUAUGUGAGAUGAUACAGAUUUGAGGACGUGUUUGUGAUGACCAUGGUUACGCAUCUGAUUGCAGCGGCCAGCUGGAACUGACAACCAGAAGCGGCAGGUACAAAACACUAUAAAUGCCGGAGGAAAGCGCUUCAGAAGCGCUUCACAGGAGGCUCCCAAGCACUGAGGAUGUCACCUAGACAGGGGACGAAACGUCUGCAACACAAAUUCCCAACUCGGCGAACAGAACCACAACAACGAGCACCCAAGCUACAAAUCUUCUCCCAAACUCUGAUUUUUUUUUGUUAGUUUUAUGAACCAUGUAUUUAGCACUAAGAGUGGUCAUAGUAGCAGAUGGUAGAAGUAACAGAGAGCAAUAAGAGCAGAAACAGACAGCAGCAGAAACAGAUAGCAGUAAAAGCGGCCAGCAAUAUCAGCACUGCACAGUACAGGGUACAGAACUGCUCAAAACCUGAUUGGAUGAACUCAAACUGGACAAUGAGACUAAAGGGAUAGCAAGAACCAAAGCAACACUGUUUCCAAAGCAACAAUACAAGCUUUAACAAUGAGGUUACAACUCAGAUCUUCCAGGAACAUGUUUGUGAGUUUGAUCCUCGUUUAAGUCAGAAGGGGAGCAGAGGACUCACAUUUGUAAGUUGAUGAAUGUCACAAUAAAUAAUUAAAAAGAGGAA